AAGCCCUGGCAACUUGUUAGUGCUGUCAGAUAAUUGCAUUUCGUAAGUUGAGAAAAUAUACACGCAAUUGCAAUAAAGAACAAAAACAGGAGUAGAGGAAAAUUUGGAAAAUUAUUGAAUCGUUUUCCCAAUAUUUUUUGUUCCACCAGAAUCAGAAAGCAUAACUUUUGUAAAGUGUCGACGACCGCAUAUUGUGACAUAAUCUUGUGGAAAAACUAUAAUAAAGUCACCAACACAACUUUGAGUUUCAGGCAGAAACUUUACCAAAGGAAAACCUGCCAAGAAAAGAAACAAAAACGUUUACCCAUUAUAGAGAAUGGCUACACCACAAUCGCCAACCCGCAUGUUCAAUGGUCUGGAUGAAGAUAUUUAUAAAGAAGCUAAAUUUGCACAUGAAAUAAAUGACAAAAUGCGUGUUCCCAAGCGCAUUAAAGCAACAGGAGAAUUUUCUGACGAAGAUUUACUCUUAUCAAAUCAAAAUGGUUUAAUUAAUUCAUGGAAUUAUCACGAUAAAAUUGACAUGAACGUACCAGAUCGCAUAGUGGUAUUAGGUCAUAAUCAACAUCUCGAGACACGUUCUGCACCACGAGAAAUACAACUGGAAAACUCAAUUCUACCAAAGAAUCCAACGGAGAGCAUGAUGCGUGUACAGACGCCACCUCGUGUUAUUACAUUAAAUGAACACCAUUUUCCGUCUGCUUCUGAGGAGUGUUCACCACAUCGAUAUGACGACGGAGCCGACUUUGAAGAUGGCGAUUACGAUGACGACGAUGAUACACGUCCUCCUCCUUACGUACGAGCUAAUGGUAUAGGCCAUGCGCAAGUCGGAUUUCAUCCCACUGACUCUAAUUCUGUGGAAUCUGACUCACAAUUGACUACGGGUGGUGCCAGCAAACGUUCGCAGCAAUUGGCAUACAAUAACCACGAUGCAUCAAUUGUCAGCCAUCGCGAAGGUACACCAAUGGGAGAGCUUACACCACAUGAAGAGAUCCUAUAUUUGCGUCGGCAAUUAGCCAAACUUAAUCGUCGCGUAUUGAACAUUGAAAUCAGUAAUGAACAGCGCCUGCAACGCGAAAAAAUCGUCUAUUGUUUAGGCUUAGCGUAUUUUGUUUUGAAGGCUGUCUUCUGGCUAAAUCGUAAUUGAAUUUUAUAUA